CACUGGACUACCACUACUCAAUCAAAACCAGCAAGCUUGUCGAUUUGUUGUUCCAGCUUCUCUGAAUCUCAACUUCGCCAAAUCUAGGGGUUUUUUUUUUUGUUCUUUUUCCCAAACCAUGUGUGAUAGUGUUUCUUCAACAUCACUCCUCCUUCCUUUUUAUAGUAUUGGAUCACCAAAUUCAAGUUUUAGUAGAUGCACAUGCAUACCCAGAAUUGUUCGCACUCCACAAAUCUUUACCUGUAAUUGGGAUAGAGCGAGCUCUAGAAAUGGUGGGUCACCAUUGAUCAGUGCUUGUUUCAGAUCGAAUGAAGCCGAAACGAAGAUCAGACGAAAUUCAAUUCCAACUGAGUCGAGUGAGAAUGAUUUUUAUGGGGAAUUAGGGUUUAUGGAGAAAGGUAAAGAGCAAAUUGAGCUUGAAACAGCCCCAGACGACAAAAUAGAGAAAGGGAAAUCAAAGAGGGAAAAAAGGAUUGAUAUUGGCUGGGGAACAAAGGUGGAUGGCCCAAGUGAUGAUCCAUCGGUCUCGUCCGGUGUCAAUUUUAUCGAAUUCAAUGGUGAGAAUGGAGCAGAGAGUGUUGGGAGAUUAAAAGAUGAGAAUUUGGUUAGAACUGAAGAAGGGUGUGAUGGGGUUGGUUCGAAAUUGGAGGAAUUGGAGCAGAGCAAUGUGGGCUCAAUUGAUGCUAGGAGGGGAAGACAGCUAACGAAGAGAUCGAACUUGCUCGCAAAGCAAGUCAUAAGCAUUCAAUCUGCUCUCAGCCUGGGUUUUGUCUCUCAACUUUGGGUUGAUACUGUAUCUUGGGUGGUAUUGAUCAUAGAGGUGCGGCCAAACUUGCUUUCUGGGGAAUUAGAAAGGUUUUUUCUGGAGGAUAUUAGUCAGGUUGGUGAUGUUGUGCUAAUCCCUGAUGAGAAUGUGAUGGAAAAUGAGUUGAAAAUGGUUGGACUGGAAACGUUGGUAGGAUACAAUGUGGUGACACCGGGUCGGCAAAAUAUUGGCAAGGUGCGGGGAUACAAUUUCAGCAUUAACUCAGGAGCUGUAGAAUCGCUCGAGCUUGAUUCUUUUGGAAUGUCUAUCAUCCCAUCAAGUUUGGUGAGCACCUAUGCUUUGCUUGUUGAGGAUGUUCUGGAAGUUGUAUCUGACACUGUUGUAGUCCAUGAAGCUGCAGCUUCAUCGAUACAGAGGCUAACUAAGCAGGGUUUUUGGGAUUCUCAAAAGUUGGGGAAGUCCAUUGAUGAGCUUGGAGAUUAUUCUGAUCUCAAAAGACAACCAGUUCAAUUUGAUCAUGGUCGGAGCAAGCGAAGAAGCUUUAAUAGUCGGAAGUUCCGCCCAAAAACAAGAGAGUGUGCAGAUGACUGGGAGCUUCCUAUGGAUUAUUUAUGAUCUGCUAGGGUCUGGUGCUUCUUUCAUCCUUUGUAUAUAAUUUAGAUGUGCUUGCUCUCUUGAUUCAUUAUUGCUUUUUAGGUUGUAGUUUUCCCCUUGCGACAAUAAGUUGAUACUUAUCGACAGACAAAAAUAUGUUUUUUUGUGAAGUGCUUUUCACAACUUAUAACAUGCCACUGGUUGACACAAUAUAUGUGAAUACAAACAUUUGGUCAUUAUACAAAACUCAACUGAACAAGUCUAUGUUCCAA